CUGAUCUUAAUUUUUAUGCGUUAUGUAAAUCUGAUUUCUCUGUUUCCAGCUCUUGUCAUCUCUUGUGUGCUGUUGGGAUCACAAGCAUGAGACUUCUCAUUAUGAAUCUUAAUACCAGAGGAAAAUACACAUAUGUAUACUGAAAUUGAGCUCUUGUCAACCGAAUGCAAAGUGGCAUUUGACAAGGGGCUCAAUUUCAAAAAAACAGCAAUCAUGAUUUUCAUAAUUAACAAGGAAGCUAUCAAGAAAGUUCUUAAUGUUCAUUCAAUGGAACAGAAGGUUGUCCUUUUUUUUUUUUCAUCUUAUGGCGCAUUCUUUUUGGAAUUCGGAGCAAUUAUAAUCUGUGUUGGGUACGUUCUGCUGUUAUUCCAACAUCCAGCUUGUUGUUUUUUGAGUGUUGUUGUUGGCAAGUUUUUAGAGCAGAUCUGGAUCUUGGGUAUGAUGUUGCCAAAGGUGAAAAAUGGAAUCAUUGACCCUUUGAAAGUCAUAAGAACAGCCUUGGUUGAUGCAGCAAGGUUGGUGAAGCAAAAACAGAUGUUUGGUGUUAAUCUGCAGUUUAUCUGGUACAAAAAGAAUAUAGAAGAUUAUGGUCCUGUUGUAUUAUCUCCACUCAGAUCAAACACAGGGAAAACAUCAUAA